ACGUCCACAUGCAGCUAGAGAGAACAUGCAAAGACAUGUUUAACGUUUGUGCUUGUCCUGCAGCCAUUGCCCACGGCAUUCAUCUUUCACAGAAUCUACAUGCGGAAUAAUACCCUACAAAACACAUCCGGAUGGUCAGUCAGGCAGCCAUGCGAGGCCAGCGUGUGGUGGAGAGCGAGUGCAGGUGCUGGAACCCGGCCGUCUGGCUCCUGGUGUCCCUGCUAGGAUCCCUCGUCCUGGUGGCCCUCAGUCUGCUGCUGCGACUUGGAGACAUGAAAAUAAGCAGACGAGCUGUAUCAACCUCUGGUGUACAAAACCCUGUGAAGACACAAUACCAAGUACAAUUGGUAAACGGACGCAACAGGUGUGAAGGCAGAAUAGAGGUGCGCUACAAUGACUCCUGGGGCACAGUGUGUGACGAUGAGUGGGACAUGGUGGAUGCCAACGUGGUGUGUCAGCAGCUGGGCUGUGGAGUUGCUGUGGCAGUGGGCAGCAGCUCCAAGUUUGGACAAGGCUCAGGACUCAUCCUGCUGGAUAACGUGGACUGCAAUGGAAGCGAAACAGACCUCAGCCAGUGCCGCAAUCUUGGCUGGGGUGUACACAACUGUUACCACUAUGAGGAUGUGGGUGUUACCUGCAGAGAACCAGCCGGCCUAGGGGGGAAGGGGUUUGAGGAUCGCACCACACCGCCCCAGGAGAACUCUGGUUUACGAGACGGCAUCAUCCGUCUGGUGAAUGGACAGAACGCCUGCCAGGGCCGGGUAGAGGUCUACCUCCAGGGAAGAUGGGGGACAGUGUGUGAUGAUGAGUGGCACAUCGAGAAUGCCAUGGUGGUGUGCCAACAAAUAGGCUGUGGCAGUGCCAUCUCCGCACACACUAAUUCUUACUUUGGCUACGGGACUGGCCGGAUUCUCCUGGACAACGUGAAGUGCAAGGGAACUGAACAGGAUUUGAUUACCUGCCCAAACCUUGGCUGGGGGAAACACAACUGUGGCCACCAUGAAGAUGCUGGGGUCACAUGCUCUGGAGUUUCUACUGUAUCUCCUCCAGUCACAGAUCUUUCUCAGAGAGGGCUCUGGGCAACAUACAACACUGAAGCUACAGAAGAAAUUCCAUUAACUGAUUUACCACCACCUACAACAACAACAACAACUACAACUGUAACCACACCUACUCAGACUAAAGGCAAACCAUCCAUUCGUGUCAUGAACGGCAACAGCAGCUGUCAGGGUCGUGUAGAGGUCUUAUUCAGAGGACGGUGGGGGACGGUGUGUGAUGAUGGCUGGGACAUGGCCAACGCCAACGUGGUGUGCAGGAUUCUUGGCUGUGGCCCGGCUAUAGCGGCCACAGACAAAGCCCACUUCGGCUAUGGUUCUGGCCCCAUCCUGCUGGACAACGUGCAGUGUAGCGGCAACGAACGGGAUCUGCUCCAGUGCUCCAACCUGGGCUGGGGUCAGCACAACUGUGGCCAUCAUGAGGAUGCUGGAGUUAUCUGUUUACCAUUUGAAUACUUCAUUGGAUAUGGACGUGACUUCAGAGUAACAGAAAGGAUACCCACCACCACCAGAACCACUGAACCCCCUUCUGAAGGAAUGGUGCGCCUGGUGGAUGGCCAGCACCAGUGUGAGGGUCGGGUGGAGAUAUACUCAAACUCUGAAUGGGGUACAGUAUGUGAUGAUGCUUGGGACCUCCCUGACGCUAAAGUGGUGUGUCGCCAACUAGGCUGUGGAGAUGCCACGGGAGCGUUGGGGGAGGCAUUCUUUGGGCCCGGGUCAGGAACAAUCCAGCUGGACAAUCUCAAGUGCAGCGGUGCAGAGGCCAGCCUGCAGGAGUGCUCCCAUAUAUCCUGGAAAGUGCACAACUGUGACCACACUGAAGAUGCUGGUGUCACCUGCUCACUGUCGUGAUUUCAGCAGAACCAGGAAGGGAGUGGGUGUGCCAUCCUGGGACUUGUAUACAUUAUGUAAAUAACAGCUUCCACAUUGCUAAAGGAUUACCUCACCACCAAAAACAAACAAAUAACAAAUAUGACAAUAUAUGAUUCCAUACUAUAAACUAUCUAAGCCUAUUAAGCACUUUAUAAGUAUAUAUACGAAAUAAAGUACAAUGGACACAGUUCUUCAGUUGAUAAACAAUGACAAGUUUUUAACUGUCUUUUUCUCUGUUUUUUACCCCAAAUGUUAAAAUAUUUACCGUUUAUGUGAUUCUUUGAUGACAAAGUAAGGUAGAUGUCCUGAAUUUGUAAUUAUUUUAUAAAAGGAGAAAUACUUCAGCUCAGAAAAGUGAAUAUUUGUAGGAUUAAAUAAACAGAAAUAUAUACAAGAAAGUGAAUAAAGUCUACAGUUUAAAAGAAGAAAGAAGAAGAAGACAAUAAAGCCACACGCAUAAGUGUGUUAUAUCCUGUGAAUAUUCAGUAUAUUUCCAAUUGCAAAUAAAUAACGUGUUAACUGUGUUCUGUAAACCAUCACAUAAAUAAAUGUAACUUAUAAUCAUUUACAUGUGACAAAAUAAAUGUUCUUAUUUUUUGAUA